AGAGAGGACACGAUCACACGAAGGACUGAAAGAGAGAAAGGCGAGCGGUGGAAAUCGUAUGGAUUGCCGUUGCCGAACGGAGGUGGGGAAACCGUUGGUUCUGUUGAUAUGUGGGACCCUCGUCUACUAUCACUGUGUCUACCGGAAUUCGAGUCUCGUCUCGCUCGUCUCCGACGUCUUCAUCGUCCUCCUCUGUUCUCUCGCUAUUCUCGGGAUGCUAUUUCGACAAAUGAACAUAUCGGUACCUGUGGAUCCUUUAGAGUGGCAAAUCUCUCAGGAUACUGCCAAUAGUGUUUUUGCUUGCUUGGCUAAUAUGGUUGGAGCGGCUGAGUCUGUCCUGAGGGUGGCUGCAACUGGACAUGACAAGAGACUGUUUUUUAAGGUGGUUAUCAUUCUUUACCUGCUCUCAGCUUUGGGACGAUUGGCUUCAGGUGCUACAGUUGCUUAUGCAGGGUUGUGCUUGUUUUGUUUGUACGUCUUUUGCCAAAGCCCCCAACCGAUCAGCGCAUGUGCAUCUCAGUUUCGUGGGAGAAGAGAUUCCACAAGUUCUGGCCAAGACAUCAUGUAGGCCUAUUUUUUUGAGAAUCGGUCAUUGUAAGUAGUGGUUAUAUUAUCAUUGUUUGUAUGAAUACUUAGGAAUAGUAAAUAAUUCUGGGUUGUAGCCCACCAGAUUUUGAAUUGUAUCAGUGAUCUUUCUUACCAGAAAUGGACUUUGAAGAAAUACUUAAUGUGCAAAUAAGUGUAUUGCCACCGUACCAUA